AUGGAGACCUACAAGGCCAACUCUCGAAAUAUCAGCCACCUUGAAGAGGCCAUCCAGCUUGCGAGAGAGGCCAUUCGCGAGUGUCCCCAUGACGAGACAAAUCAUCUUGCGGGCCGCAAGAUGACUCUAGCAGCCAACUUGAGCCUAUUGUGCGAAGCCACCAAGGAGGAGAGGCACCUAGACGAAGCCAUCCGAUAUAACAACGAGGCCGUUAGGAGUACUAAAGAGGGGGACCCAAUGAGGUCAGCAAGACUAUGCACCCUCGGGAAUACCAUAGGAAAGAAGUACAACCGCACAAAUGACAUCAAGGACCUUGAAGAAUCGCUGGAGUACAAUAGGGAGGCCAAACGUCUGAUCCGCAACUCGACUGACCAGGCAAAACGGAUCAAUAUCAUCAACUCUUAUAGCGUCCGUCUGUUGUGGCAUUUCGAGCGAUGCGGUGAUAGGGAAAGCCUGGAUGAAUCCCUUGCACGGAUGCAAGAGCUCGUCGAUACGACGCCUCAAGACCAUCCAAUGUGGAACCAACUGACCAGCAACUUGUGCAAUAGGUUGAUUACGAGAUACGAGGUGGGCAACGAGCAGAGAGAUUUCCACGAUGCGAUCGAGAGAGCUGAGGAGGCCAUAUCCCGGUGUUCGAGUAUGCGCAACAUUGUCGACAAGGCAUUGACCUUGUACACCUUAUGCCUGACCAUCGGAGCCAGAUAUCGGACAACGGGUGCCCUGACUGAUCUUACAGCAGCUGUCGAGUACGCCAAGCAAGCUGUGAGGCUCAUUCCCCCUGAGCACAUCGAAUACGCCUCUGUACUGCAGAGCAAGUCACUCACGCUGCUCAUGUUGUAUGAGCGCCAUGAGAAUCCAUCCGAUCUCGACGAGGCGAUCCGUUCUGGCGAAGACUCUGCCACCGUCGUCAUCCAUAGGGAUCGCCAGGCCAUGAUAUACACAAACCUGGGAACCUUGUACGGGCACCGGUGGAUGCUCGGCGACAAGACGAACGACAAGGACCUCGAAAUGGCCAUUACCUACUGCCGGAGGAGGCUGGGCCUCCAACUCCGCGAGCCAGGCGGCCUCGUAAAUCUCGCCAACUGGCUACUGGCCACUCAGAAACGCGACGUCCUCGACGAGGCCAUCGCGCUUGCCGAAGAAGCAUUCGGCAUGAUGGUUGAGGUUCCUGACCAUCCCGACCGGGCCAGGGUAGCGCACACGCUGGCCAAGGCCUGGGAGUCGAGGUAUCGGAGUCGUGGCCAGGAGAGCGAUGGUGGCGCAGAGGAUCGGAGGCGCGCCAAGGAGGUAAUGGGGGCCGUGAUGGCUCGGGCCACCAGCAAGUCCCCGCCUGCCGACCGGAUCCAGUUGGUUCUCUCUCUUGCUUACCAUCGUCUUGUCCGAGGGCGACUGGACGGGGGUGUACGAGGCCGCCGCCGCUGCCGUAGAGUUGCUGCCCCUACUCAGCCCCCGCUGCAUCAAGCAGAGCGACCAGCAGCACGCGCUGCUACAAUUCGCCGGACUCGCCGGGCGGGCGGCCGCUGCCGCCCUCGAAGCCGACCGCGGCGCUCCCGAGGCGCUGAGGCUCCUCGAGUGUGGCCGGUGCGUCAUCUCAGUACACCGUUUCUAUGUUGGUCGCUUGCGCGGCACUCACGCCGACCUGGCCCAGAGGUUCGAGGACCUGAGAGACAGGCUCCCCGGAUUUUCUCGCUCCGGUCGAACCCGCCACGCUGCUGGUGGGGAAGUAACGGAGCGCCAUCGUUGUCAUCAACAUCGCAUUCCGAUGCGACGUAUUCAUAG